AUUUACUUCAACUCAUCAUUGGAACGAAAAUCACAUUACCCCACCUCCCUCCCCCCCCAAAAAAUAUCUCCCAAAUUUCUAAAAUUAGAACCUUCUAGACCCACCGCCACAUUCGCCCCUUCACCGCCACCGGAACAUGUCUACACCUGACGCCGCCGCCGCCGACGUUGCCGAGGCCGUCGAAGAUGUUCUGGAGACGCCAAUUUUGGAUGCCGAACGGCCGAACCUGCUCGACCAGAUAUCCGAGCAAGGCGGUUACGCUUUCGUCAGGAUGGCGACGUUAGCCGCCGGAGGAGAUAUGAGGGCGGCGGAGGUCGCUAAGGAAAUGGCGUGGGAGCAGCUCCACUGUGGGCCGUGGCACUCGGUGGUUCCGAUUUGGAGAGACGCCUAUGCAAUGGCGUGCCUCCACGUGGCCAAGCUGCAGUAUGCCGCAGGGGAGUGGAGUCCAGUUCUCCGGGCGCUGGAUAUGGGGCUUAUUAUGGGUGGAUUGACUUUGAGAGAGGAUUUGAAUAAUGCUAUUCGGAAGGCGUCGAAGAAAGCGCGUUCUGCAGCGACAACGGCAAUGGAAGUGGACUGUGGUGACAGUAGUAAAUUUGUUCGGAAAGAAGAUUUUGACAUGGCGCAGUUGCAACAUAAUUUACCAGUCAAGUCUUUGUCUUCUAAGAAUGUUGGGAGAAGGUCUUCACUAUCCUUGGAAGGAUUCCUGCAAGAUUAUUUUUUGACUGGCUCUCCAGUGGUUAUUAGUGAUUGCAUGGCUGACUGGCCUGCUACAAGUAAGUGGAAUGACAUUAACUACCUUAAGAGAACCGCUGGCUUCCGCACUGUUCCUGUUGAGGUGGGAAAAAACUAUCUAUGCCAGGAGUGGAAGCAAGAGCUUAUUACAUUUUCAGAGUUUCUUGAGAGAAUUCAGUCAAAUGAUUGUAGUUCUGCUAACACAACAUACUUAGCUCAGCAUCCCCUGUUCGACCAGAUACAAGAGUUGCGCCAGGAUAUUGUUAUUCCUGACUACUGCUUUACUGGUGGUGGAGAGAUGAAAUCCCUUAACGCUUGGUUUGGUCCAGGUGGUACAGUAACACCAUUGCAUCAUGAUCCACAUCAUAACAUACUUGCUCAGGUUGUUGGUAAAAAAUAUGUAAGGCUUUACUCUUCUUCUUUGUCAGAAGAGCUAUAUCCACAUGCUGAAACCAUGCUCUGCAAUUCCAGCAAGGUUGAUCUGGAUCAUAUCGACGAGGUAGAGUUUCCAAAGGUGGUCAACUUGGAGUUUUUCGACUGCAUAUUAAACGAAGGUGAAAUGCUUUACAUUCCUCCCAAGUGGUGGCACUACGUGAAGUCUCUUACUACCAGUUUUUCAGUUAGCUUUUGGUGGGGUGACUCUGCAAGUUCUUCAUCGCCAUCUUAACACAUAGAGGAGCUUCUCGAUUUGUACGAGUUUUAGGUUUUUCUUGUACACCUUAAUGAACACAGUUAGUACUACAUGAUGGUAAUAUAUUAUUAGCCAACUUUCCUUACGUAAUGGAAUCAAUGAUCGCUGCUGGUUCUUCAACUAAAAUUUUCAGAUCCGUCUUUAAUAAUGUUUCUUAUGAUUUCUUGAUGUAUUAUUGAAGUAACUAAUUUCUUCAUCAAUUAUUCUUACAAGUCCCUUUUUCUUGUGUAAUAAAUCUGGG